AUGGGCGUCCUUUGCAAUAAUGUCAAAUCCGUCCUUUUACGUCUAUGGAAUCCUGAUCUUCUCCUUCCAGGGCAGAUUCGGGAACACGCACAUAACGUCACCACUGUUCUCGCUGAAGCAGCAGUGUCUGAUGUGAACGUUUACCUGCUCCCUUUCCAAGCCUGGCAAUGCAAGACGGUCAAAUUUGGGACGCUCGCAAGGGGUUGGAUCAGCAGUCGCUGAAGUUGGUUUUGCUUUACCUAGCGGGGACCUUAA